UCCAAACAUUAAUACCAAAAACAAAGAUGAUUUAAUAAUUACUAAUGUGAUCGAAAUUGUCCUUAUAUCGUAAAUCGACACUCAAGUAAGUGAUCCCAUCCCCCAGCGCCAUCACGGUGUUUGUAAACAUUGGCAAAAAACAUGAAUAAUUUUCUUUUUUUUUUUCUGUUUGUAACCGAACUAAUAUUUAAGUAUUACAAAGUAAUAUAAUUUGAAGGUAAGUGAAUAAAUUUUAAUAAAAAUUAAAACAUGCUGCUUGAGACAUAAAAAAUAUGGAGGCUUGACAUUGACAUCAGUACUAGUUAAGUAGAGUCAUAGCAAGCAAUUUCAUUAUAAUGGGUAGUAAAAGGAAAACGUCAAAAACAUUUGGACUAGGCUCUGGACCAGCAAAGGGCAAAAGAACAAGUACAAGGUGUGGAAGACCAACUGUUAAUUUUAUGAUUAGGAGAAAAAGGAUUAAGCGGAAGUCUCUGCCGCUGUCUCUUGUUUUAAAGAGAAUCAAACAGACAGCAAUAAGUAAGAGAAAAAACACCAAAGAAUGCCAUAAAUUUUUCACUUCUGAACUAUUAGAAAAUGGAUUAAAACUGAAAAUCAGAGAAAGGACAAUGCAUAAUUUAAGCCCACAAGGUUAUAGAUUUGUGAAUUUGGACUCAUUACAAGGACAUGUCAGUGAAAUAACUAUGCACGUAUGUCUGUGUCCUUCAGCAAUAGAGCUAAGUUCUAAAAACCAAUCUCCAAUAAAACUUGUAAGCGAGGAAAGGAAAUUAGGACUUGCAACCGUUCUUUGUGCUCAGUGUGAAGGAUGUCAUAAACAAUUUAAAUUCUGCACUAGCCCAUCAUUGCCAGAAAGUAAAAGGUUUGAUGUAAACGUGAGAGCUGUGUGGGGAAGUAUUGCCACUGGAAAUGGACCGUCUCACUUAAAUGAAAUCAUGGGGACAAUGAAUUCACCAGGACUCUCGUCAACUUCCUUUUCAGCAAUUGAACAAGAAGUAGGGGAAUGGUGGUUAGCAGCUCUCCAAGAAAAUAUGUUACAGGUUGGAGCAGAGGAAAGAAGGAUUGCCAUGGAGAACGGAUUUUUUCAUCAGGGUAUCCCAGCAAUAACCGUAAUUACUGAUGGAGGAUGGUCGAAACGAACCCACAAACAUUCCUAUAAUGCCCUGGGAGGAGUGGCAAUCAUAAUAGGGCAAGCAACCAAAAAACUUUUGCAUAUAGGAGUACGAAACAAGUAUUGCUAUGUAUGUAGCACUGCAGAGAAAGUCAAUACAAUCCCAACAGAACAUACAUGUUUUAAGAACUGGUCAGAAGAUAGUCAGUCUAUGGAAGCUGAUAUUGUGCUUGAAGGGUUCAAACAAGCAGAAUCAAAACAUGGCCUACGCUAUAUCCGUGUUGUAGGAGAUGGUGACAGUUCAGUUUAUGCUAGGAUACGAGAGGAAGUGCCAGGUUGGGGUAGAUAUGUGGAAAAGGAAGAAUGUGCUAACCAUACAUGCAAAUGUUUUAGGUCAAACCUGGAAAAACUUGUUUCGGAAAAUCAUCUAUAUAAAGGUAGAAACCAUUUAACAAAAACAACUCGUGUACGGUUAGUAUCUGCUUUGCGUAGUGCCAUCAGAAUGCGUUCUAAAGAUGUAGAAACAAAUCACCUCACAAAACCUGAAGCUAUUUCUCAGCUUCGUCAUGACAUAAAAAACUCUGUUUUUCAUGUUUUUGGUUUACAUUCCAACUGCAGUAACUUUUGCAAGGCAAGGGACAAUGUCAAUCCAAUCACUCAUGACCAUCAUGUCAUACCACCGGAUCAACCAGUUGAAGAGACAUUGGAUAUAUUUGAAGAACAGGAAAAACUUUGGUCUGAAGGCUCAUCAUUAGCUGCACAGGAGGAAGCAAGAGGAGAAUCAUCUAUAGAGUACAGUAAUGUUGAACAGUAUAUAAUUCAAGACGUGACAUCAAUUUUGAAUAGAAUUGCCGAAAAAGCUCACCGUCUCAUUUCUAAUACAACAACAAAUUUAGCUGAAAAUUGGAUGAGAAUAAGGACCAAAUUUGAUGGCGGAAAAAUCUACAACCUCUGUAAUAGAGGAUCUUGGCAUGGAAGAUGUUUUGGAGGAGGGCUAAGAAUGAAUUUUGGACCAAAGUGGUCACCUAUUGUUUGGGAACAGGCAACAACAACAAAAGCAGGUAAAUUCUUUGAUGAAUACUACGCUAGACAUGAAAAAAAUCUUAUCAGUAGCAGAAAAUACAAAUCGAAACCAGACACUCAGCAAUUGAGAUGGAAAAGAAAAAUGAAAGUUUGCAAACAAAGCAACUCCAAAAAAGCUAGACAGUCUUAUGGCACUGAGGCAAUGGAUUACACCCCUGACAUAUCUCCAUCUGAUUUAUCAAUUAUAAAGGACAAAUAUAUUCAGACUCAUAUUAACAUUGGUAUACCUCAAAUGAAUGCAAUAACAAAUUCUACUUCACAGCAAUCUUUGUCUGGUCUUUGGCACACAGAAAGAAGAAAACGUUUAACAGCUUCAAAUUUUGGACCAAUCAUUCGCCGUAACCCUUCAUUGAAAGUAUUAAAUUUAGUCAAAAAUCUUCUGUACUCCACCUUCAAGGGAAAUAGAUACACUAGAAAUGGACUUCUGCAAGAAAGAACAUCUAUAGAGGAGUAUACGCUGAAAAAGGCAGAACAACAUGAGAAUGUAAAUGUUAAAUCUACUGGUUUGCUAAUUGCCCAUGAACACCCAUUUUUGGCUGCUAGUGCAGAUGGUAUAGUUUCAACUGCGUCUGGUGAUGGUCUUUUGGAGAUAAAAAAUCUUCUGCACAACAAACCUGUCAAUCUCUACCAAGCAAGUGAAAAAUCAUCAUUCUGUCUGGAAACUGUCAGUGGUCAUUUAAAUUUGAAAAGUACCCACAACUACUUUUAUCAGUGCCAUGGUUUAAUGAAUAUUUGUAAUUAUCCUUGGAUAGAUUUCGUUGUGAGGACUCUUAAUCCACACCAGUUGUUUAUCCAAAGAAUAUUUAGGGACAAUACCUUGUGGGAAAACAUCAUGCUGCCAAAACUAAAAGCAUUUUACUUCAAUGCUAUUCUUCCGGAAUUGUGUUCACCACGUAAUGGCAAAAGUCCUGGAAUAAGGGAACCAGGAAUCUGGUACAUUGCACCAAAGUGCACCCAACCUGGCAAAAAAACGACUGGUAGAAAGAAAAAGAAUACAGCAAAACAGAACAAUGACUUUGUCUCAGAAGCAAACAUUGGACCAUCAGCAGACCAAACACCCUGUACUAGAAGUAGAAGAGGUAGGCCAAGAUUGGUGAAAUUCCUAGACAAAAGAAUAGAACACAAAUGGAUUGUAGACAAUACAUCUCAAUGGUAUAAAGGGACAGUGCUGAGUGUAAAAUCAGGAAAGGAUGGUGUGAAAGGUGCAAUUUAUGAAGUCCUAUAUGACAGUGAUGACAACCCAUAUGAAAUAAAUCAUCUGGUUGAAGAUUAUCGAUCUGAAUCUGUACGGUUCAUUGAUGUAUAGUGCAAUUUUAAAUCAGCUUGUCAAGAGUUGCAUGCUAAUGCUUCCACUGCUUCACUCUGCAAAUCCCAACUUGGGUUAUCCUUCCAGGGUAAAGUUUGGAGAACCUUUUUUAGGUUUAUCAAGAGUUGCAUAUUGAUACUUUCACUGCUGCAAGCCGCAAAUACAAGUAGUUAAACUAUACUACCUUGAUAAAGUUUGGAGAACCUAAACAAAGUUUACAGAAGGAAUAUGGAUGGUCAGUUAUGGACUUACAAAAAUUCUACACUUUUUGAAAUAAUUGGAACUUCAGAGACUGGACAUUUUUUCCUGGAGAUAUUCAGAACUUUAAAACAUUCAUUAAAAGAUGCUAUGCAAUGUUCUGAUUCUAUUGAUAUGUAAUUUGCCACAGUUUCAUCCUUAUAUUCGUGUGAAUAAUGUCAAACAAAUACAAGCUAAUUUGACUUAGACGGAACC